AUGGCCCUUACAAAUUUUGAGAUGGAGACUCCAUCGACAGCUCCGCCUCCUUCAGAGGGCGUGGUGGGGGCGAAAGCCGCAGUUGCAUUCGCACUCCUUGCAGCAUUGAGCUGCUUGGUGGCCAUUUGGCAAGCAAACUCCGCCCUGAAUGCUUUGGAGGCGAAGAUCUCCACCCGACUCUUUCACCUGGAGACGAAGCAGCAGGAUGCCCACAGCAAGCUCAAAGAGUUGGAGGACGCCAGGCAGCUUCUAACUCGCGCGGUGCAAGCGGAAAGCCGCCUUGAGGCUGUGAGAGAGGAGCUGGACCGCGUUUAUGAAAGUCUCGAGGCGUGCGGACAGUUCGAGGGUAACGCGGGCAAGAAGUACACACGCCCGAGCACGACGACAACUACGACUACCACUACCACUACCACCGAGGAUCCUCUGACCUACAACGACUGCUCGAAAGAGGAGUACGUCUCUGCCUGCAGGCUGUCCAGCUCCGGUGACUUUCAGCGCUCUAGCCGAAAAUGUGCUAGCGGCUCGAUGUCGUUUUCACUUGCCCUCAAGAAGGACAAGUUUAUAAGCUGCCUCCAGCAGGAAGUUCAAGGUCUCUCCAGCAAGUGCGCUUCGUGCUUUGCUGACACUGCAGCAUACGGUGUGGAUAACUGCAAGUGGGGAUGCAAGUCACCGGGGCCAUCUUGUGAGCAAUGCAUGGAGGGCCAUGCCCAGGAUGCGAAGAGUUGCAUGGGCUUCAUGAUGCCCGGCUUUAAUGUGCCAGACGACUGUCCAAAAGAAGGCCUUUUGGGCGUCUGA